GUUUACGAUGCAGGCUUAGAGAGACUGGCGUGGGAGUGGGCGCAACGGUGUGUUUACGAGCAUCCGGAUGAUGAUUGGCCCGAGUAUGAGGACUACGGACAGAACCUAGCCUUUGCGACCUUGCGAGAUCCCGUCUAA